UAUCCCGCCGCCGACUUGCGCUGCUUGCGCGUGUCAUUCUACUCGGCAUGGUGGACUGGCUCCGAUGCCGUUCCCUGACACGUCCACUCUGUAAUGGAAUCGUAUCCGCUGUGUGUGUUUUGGGUCGCUGGGGUCGUUCUAGUUGCCGGGGCGCCAUUCGCGGGGCCGUACAUUGGCUACGUCGACAGGUUCAUCGAUUUUUGCGCCGAGAAAGAUUAUAAUCACAUCGCAGAACUAGAAGCUCAAAUUACGCGUUUUAACCCCAACAAACCAUUUGCUCUCCAAGCCAUCACUGGAAACUUCACGUACACAGGAAACCGCGGAUUUGAUGAUACCUAUUGGUCACGCUUUCGCCUCGACUCGCGUUCUUCCGACGACCGAGGAUGGAUCAACAACGCUUUCGUCUUCAAUUUCCCUGCAAAAGGCUGCUCUGCAUUACGAGACAAUAUACCUGACUUUGCCCGAGUCAUGAUUGGCGAGGCGUUUGUCAACAGCCCAUCAUGUCUUGUUAAGCCGGGCGUGUACAUUGUAGAUAAUCAGCCGGUGAACUGGUCAUUCCCUAAUGUUCCCAUAAUGCCAUACGGGCACUGGCGCGCCCAUAUUGCCUACGGAAAGAUCAAGUCCCCGACCGCUGACUUUUGUGCGUCUUUUGAGGCUCACACGAUCCCACGACCGAAACAAGCACACAAGGGCUAAACCGUGUGCUGCCGUGCAACUCCUUGUGAUAGCAGGAAAAAGUCUGUUUCACUGGGUCACCUGGUAUGAAAAGGAAUGGUUUUUAUUAAAUCUUGUCUGAUGACAUGA